GAAAAAAAGGUGGGGUUUCCUACAGCUCCUCGCGCGGUAGCCGACGGCGGGUCACCCCUCUCCUCACAGAUCAAUGAGAAAUGUCCGUCAAAAAAGCGAUAGAUCUUUUAAGAGACAUUAUGUCGGGUUUGACGCAGUCCCAGAUGUUGAUAUUUUACGACGAGCUGGAGAACCAGGAAAAGUUGCGCUACACGUACCAUCUAAUAAAACAUAAGCACAGCAGAGAUGCCAAGUUCCUGGUGGAAAGCCUGGUUUCAAUCCUUGACGUGGACGGCGCCGUUCAAGUGAUUGCAAGGGCUCUGCGGCGCACCGGCUGUGACAAGGAGGCAGACACACUGAGUGACAUCAAGCCAUUUGUUGGCCAUGGAUUCUCCUCAACAAUGCUCAAACAAUUUGGGCUGAAAGAUGAUUGUGACCAAUUAUACUUCACGCCUGCCAUGUCAGUUGACCGUGGAAGCACUUUAUACAGGUUCAAGUUCCCUGGUUCCGGUAUUUUCCGCUGUGCUUUGACUAGACUGGUGUUUAUUGUGGUUGGGGAAGGGGAGGUGCAGUACAGGACUGUCCAGUGGGAUGAGCUCCUCCUCCACACGGCUCGCAAGACACCUGCAGGGCCGCUGUUCAGCAUCGAGUGCGCUGAGAACGUGAUCCGUCAGCUCCACUUCCCACACUAUGACCUCAAUGCUGGUGGUAAGACUGACAGCCUGUCUGUCGCCCACAUCACUUCUGACGGCGUGAGCUUCCUGAAGCCGGUGGAAAUCACAGAAAUUCAUGUGAUUGUGCAAAUCACCCACCUCUCGACCUUCGGCAUAGUGUGGAAUUAUCUUAGGAGCGUUCUGACUCUGUCGAUCAGUGCCCAAAUUCUUCUGUUCCAGCGCUCAGUCAGAGGGCCGAGACAAUUUUUAGAUGUGCUUCUACUGCCAACAAACGUCCCUCUGCAUGAGGUGAAAGCCCAACAAGAAGACGCUGUGUACAUCCAGACUGCUUGCCAUUGUCGUCUCACCACCGGCCAAAGUUACACUCUUGGUGGUGAUCCUGAACCGUACAGAAUACAGCCUCGGAAUGCAACGUUUGAUCUAAAUUACGGACCAAAUUACCACCCAACGUUUGUGGUUACUGUGGAUAGGAGAACAACGGACCAAUUCCGACCAUCAGCUUCCGAAUUGAAGCUGAUGGUCCAGGAUGAAGAGAGGACAGUCUGGGAGUACCAGGUUGAUAUGAGAGAUGCUUUUGUUGACUUUGAGCAACGAAGAAGAAGUCUGCCAUGUCCUCAGAUUCCCUCACCAGAGGAGAAGAAGCUCCUUGACAUUCGAACCAACUUUAUUGGGCGAGUGUCUGGACCUGUUCUAGACGUUCUGCUGGAUGAGCUGCUGCAACUGAAGGUAAUUAACAGCAGAGAAAAGGAGUCCGCCAGUAAAUAUGCCAGGGCAAGGAAAGCAGAAGUACUGAUUGACAUGGUGAGAGGCAAAGGACCAGAGGCCAGUUCAGCUAUGAUCAGGAUCUUCUGUGAGCAGGACCCUUUCCUCUCCAGACUGCUGCAGCUGAACCAAAGCAGAGAGGAGAGACUUGACGACGAACCUGGAACAUCAGUCUCUAAACGGGAGAGAAGAGAGCGGGGAGAGAUGAGAUCCCUACCGUAAUUUGGGUUUUACUGAUGAAACGGAUAAAAAAGGCUGAAUAUGACUUUUGUAAGUCUUUCAAGACACACAAAUAUAGCAACAGUUCUCUGUCUGAACUACACUGUAUCAGUUUUCUGAUAAAUUCUUUAAAGAUAUUGCGAAGACAAUUUCCCCACAAGAAAUUGUAAAGGAAUUGUAAGUUGUAAUUGUAAUUGCUAGGUCCACCUUGCAAGUACCAGGUUGGACCCCCUUUUGCCUUCAGAAUUGCCUUAAUUCUUUGUGUCACAGAUGCAAGAAGGUGCUGGAAACAUACCUCAGAGAUUUUGGUAUAUAUUGACAUGAUGGCAUCACGCACUUGCUGCAGAUUUGCUGUCAGCACAUCCAUGAUGCCAAUCUGCCGUUCCACCACAUCCCAAAGGUGCUCUAUUGGAUUGAGAUGUGGUGACUGUGGAGGCCAUUUGAGUCCAGUGAGCUCACUGUCAUGUUCAAGAAAAAAGUUUGAGAUGAUUUGAGCUUUGUGACAUGGUGCGUUAUCCUGCUGGAAGUAGCUAUUAGAGGAUGGGUACACUCAGGUCAUAAAGAGACAGACAUGGUCAGCAAAAAUACUCAGGUAGGUCGUGGUGUUUAAACAAUGCUCAGUCAGUACUAAGGGGCCCAAAGUGUGACAAGAAAAUCUCCCCCAUGCCAUUACACCACCAGCAGCCUGAACUGUUGAAACAAGGCAGGAUGGAUCCAUGCUUUCAUGUUGUUUAUGCCAAAUUCAGACCCGACUAUCUAUGUCGCAGCAGAAAUCAAGACUCAUCAGACCAGGUUGCGUUUUUCCAAUCUUCUUGUCCAGUUUUGGUGAGGCUGUGUGAAUCGUAGCCUCAGCUUCCUGCUCUCAGCUGACAGGAGUGGCAGCCGGUGAGGUUUGCUGCUGCUUCAGCCCAUCUGCUUCAAGGGUUCGACGUAUUGCGUGUUCAGAGAUGCUCCUCUGCAGACCUCGAUUGCAACGAGUGGUUAUUUGAGUUACUGUUGCCUUUCUAUCAGCUUAAACCAUGCUCUCCAUUUUCCUUUGAGCUGUGGCAUCAACAAAGCAUUUUCUCCCAGAGAAAUACCGCUCACUGGAUUUUCUCUUUUUCGGACCAUCCUCUGUAAACCCCAGAGAUGGUUUUGUGUGAAAAUCCCAGCAGAUCCGCAGUUUCUGAAAUACUCAGGGCAGCCCGUCUUAAACCCUUAAAUCACCUCUCUGCCCCGCUCUGAUGCUUGUCGACAUGCCUAAAUGCACCGAGUUGCUGCUAUGUCCAUUGUGACCAGUGAUGACCAUCUUCUCUUGCUUUUGUCUUUGGUGGCUAAAACUGAAGGAAACUUUAAUUAUAAUGCACAUUUUAUACAAUGUCAUGAAAUAUGCUAAAGAGUUAAAAAAAAAAAAAAAAAAAAAAAUUAAAAAAAGGAAAUGGACUGCAUUGUGUACACUGUCUAUUGACCAAAGUUAUUAUAAUUUUACAUUUUUAUUUUACUUUUAUUUCAUUUUGAUUUUUUAGCUUAGUAGUUUCAGUGUUAGUUUUAGUCUUUUUGUAAUAUGGGGUAUUUGUUGGGUGAGAUUUAAAAAAAGUCAGAAAAGUGUUGUGUAAUAAAAGCUCAAAACAUACGAUUUUGAAAAUGUAUCCACUUUAUACAGAUGAACAACCAAAUAAACUGACAAAA